AUGGCUCCCAACAACCACAUCCGACCCCCUGCCAAACAAAACAAUGGCCUCGUCCAGAUACCCCGACCAGGCCUUCGCAUCGAGCACCUGCGCGCCCCUCAGCGUAACAACAUUAUGCAUGCAGUUCGUCACCGUCUCAGGGAUGCCGAGGGCCCUGAAACCCGGGAAAUGGAAGUUGAUCUCCGCCGGUGCCUCCGUGCCAGGAACAAUUCGGAACACGAUCCUCGCCCCGUCAAUGACAUGCUCUUCGCCUGUUUAAUGGAUCAGAAUACUAGGCUGGAUGAGACUCGUUGUGCCGACGCUAGAACCCAUCCCGGCCCUGUCCCAAUUUACCCCGUUGGACUCCGCGGCAGCGCGUCCCCGUACAUGGUCAUCAAGGCGCCUCACCGUCUCAUCGCCAGUCCAGCACGGAUACUUUCGCUCAGGAUAGCCUCCAUGAACCCCUCCGGCGCGAUAAUCGGCACAUCAGUAUCGGGCUCAAUAACACCCCCAGCACCCGCAAACUACCCAUUACAACCAUCAACUCCUCAAGGCCCUCUUCUACUACGCCGGGACCGCAGCGUAGGGUACAGCUUCACCAAUCCGCCCACUAACUUCGGCAGUAAGACAGCCCCUUCACUCACGGACAGACGGGACUACGACGCCGCAUCCCGCGGCUUCAUCGCUUUCCUCGACCAAGGCAUAAUCACACACUGCGCCGACCUCAACCUCACCGUCUGGAACGCCUCAGCAUGGGACAUCAUGAAAGACACCGAGUGCCCGCCCACAGCACAUCCUAUCUCUGGCGACAGGGCCACCUGGAUCCGAAACAUGGAUUGUACGAAAUCUGCCCCGGGAUCUACCAGGUGCGCGGCUACGGUCUGUCGAAUAUGA